UGUGUUGUCAUCUGGUAGUCAAUUUGUCUUCAAAUGCGCGUUUGGCAUCGUUUAGAAUCUUUGGAAUUUAUUUGAUCAAUUUGUAAAUAUCAUGACUACAUCAAAGGAAUUAAAUACAGCGAGAAAAAGUCUUGUCGCUUCGCUGGGUGAAAAUUCUAAAAUAUACUUUGAGAAAAUGAAGCUGUGGUUUCAAAUGAAGUCUACGAAAGAGGAAUUUGACUGUGAAGCUCGCAACAUCAUGACAGAGGAUCAAGUUCAUUUACAUAAUGAAUUUCUUCUCUGCUUAUUCAAUAAAGUGAGAGGGCUUGCCACAACCACGACUGUUCCUCGGCCAACAAAAAUCAAUAAUAAUACUUACAAUGUUGCACAAAAUCAGAAAGAUAAGAGAUUGCGACUGAAGCGCAAGUACAAAACGGAUAAAUCUAUUUUUGAACCAGCCGAUAUAUACGUGGAAGUUUUGAAUCAAACUUCAUCUCCAGUUGGUGAUGAACCAAUAGGAGCGAAUCGCUCAAGUGCUCAGGAACUCGUGCUUCCCGAUCGAACCUUUGUUUUAGCAAGACUGAUGCUUGCAGCAUGGGAAAAUAAUAUGGACGGAGCUGAGGAGAGCACGGCACACAUUAUUAUAGCUGCGACGCAAAUUUUUCUCAAGAAUAUAAUCCAAGCAAUUGUCACCAGAAGAAAAGGUUUCAAGGUUCGCGAUAGAAGAUUUAUUUACGACAUCGGCGAGCCAGUACCGAGUUCAUGGAAAAGAAACACAAAUUUUCUCUCCCAGAGUAACAUGUUUAAUGGACCAACAACUAUCGAAACAGAAGGGCAAAUGCCUGCAGUAAAACCGAGCGUGGAAGAAGCCGAACAAGCGACAGCUUUCUCUCUCGCAUGUGCAUCGCAAACUAUUCUUCCAUCUCCGCCUCCAGUUUCUGUGGCUGAUUUGCAGAAAAUAUUAAAGAUUUAUAAAAACCUCGUCUGUAAUCACACGUUAUAUGCGACUAAUGUAGAGCGUUCUUUUACGUAUAAUACUCAUACGACUUGGGAGGACCUGGAAGCAAGAAAAUUGCUGCGCCCAAGUUGCAAAAGUUAAACAUUCUUCUACUUAUAUUUUGUAAAUAAUAUUGGCCGUCAAAUCUAAGUGUAUUUAAGUUAUAGUAGUGUCUAUUUAUAAACCUUUUUUAAUUAAAAAAGCCUUUUGUCAUUAAAGUCAUGGAA